AUGGUGGCACACCGAAGGAAGUUCCUAGUAAUAGAUAAUAAAUCUUUCGAUGUGGUCUGUGAGGGGCAGAAGAUGGAAGGUAUGAGGAUUAGUGAGAGCGGAAGAGGAUUCUGGAAAGAUGGGCCCGGAGCACCAGGAGGACAAUCCUGGACAGUGCAAUGGCUGAAGUUUGAUAAUUCCUACUUCAAGGAGAUUAAAGAAAAGAGGGAUGAAGAUCUGCUUGCAUUGCCAACUGAUGCUGUUCUCUUUGAUGACCCUUCAUUCAAGGUGUAUGCCGAGAAAUAUGCUGAAGAUCAGGAUGCAUUCUUCAAGGACUAUGCUGAAGCCCAUGCUAAGCUCAGCACCCUUGGGGCCAAGUUUGAUCCUCCAGAGGGUAUUGUACUAGAUGAUGGUCCUACCAAAGCUGCACCAGAAAAGUUUGUGGCAGCAAAGUACUCAUCUGGAAAGAGAGAGCUGUCAGAAGCAAUGAAACAGAAGAUACGGGCAGAGUAUGAAGCAAUUGGUGGAAGCCCAGAUAAGCCUCUGCAGUCCAACUAUUUUCUAAAUAUUAUGAUAAUCAUUGCUGUUUUGGCCUUAUUGACAUCUCUUCUUGGGGAUAACUCCGGUUUUUGAGCUUCAUAGAAAAAAUAUUAUUGCUUCCUUUUGGAUCAUUAAACCAUGAUAUGGCAUGCAACAACUGAUUUAUGCAAUUGAUAAAAUUGAUAACCUCAGGGUUAAUUUUUUUUCCAA